AUGGAGGAGGACGAUAAAUGCACCACGUUUAAAGUAGAGAUGGGGUCCCUAAAAAAUAAAUCAAAACCUCCUAAAAGAAUAUUAAAUCACAAACGUCAUCAAGUCACGCUCGAGGAAAUAGAUGCCAAACAAAGUGCUGCGGAAGAGAGACGAAAGGUUUAUGAAAAUGAAAGACUCAAAAGGAUUCAAGAAAGGAGUGAAGAAUGUUCUAGGAUUAAUUCCCAAGUUGGUCGCUUGUUGGCUCUUGAUGCCAAGCGACAAGGCCUGCCAGGAACCAGUCACGUGAAGCCCAUCUCUACCAGGGAAGCAGUGCAAUCUAUAAAAUCACUCAGCAAAGACUUCUCCAGAAUUACACAGAGUUUCAUUGUCCGCGAGAUGCAAUCAUAGUUCUACAUAUUCUUUCCUCAUUGUGUUAAAGUUUAAGAAAACUUUUGACAAAAUGACAACUCAAUACAAAAAGUUAUACCACACGAAACUACAAAUGCCAAGAGAUGACUAGUGCCUGUAGCAUUAACCAUCAAUACAUCAUGGAUCUUUCAAAGUGAACAUUCUGAAUUCAAAAAUAUCUCAUUCAAUGCCAAAUAUUAGUCAUUCUCAUUGUGAAGUGUUAUAUAUAAUGUACUUUCAUUUGUAAAAUGCAACUCAUUUCUGUAGAGUUAUUCAUCAUUACAUCACAUUGCAUUUUACUAAAUAAAUUAUAAGGAAUUACAA